AUGAGUGAGGCAAAUCAGUCGAGUGUCUCCGAGUUCCUCCUCCUGGGGCUCUCCAGGCAUCCUCAGCAACAGCAGCAGUUCCUCUUUGUGCUCUUCCUGAGCAUGUACCUGGCCACAGUCCUAGGCAACCUGCUAAUCAUUCUGGCCAUCAGCAAAGACUCCCACCUGCACACCCCCAUGUACUUCUUCCUCAGCAACCUGUCCUUCGUAGACAUCUGCUUCUCCUCCACCAUAGUCCCCAAUAUGCUGACCAACACACUCAGCAGUGAUAUCAUGUCUUUCCUGGAGUGUCUCACACAGCUGUAUUUUCUUAUUGCCCUUGCCGACAUGGACAAUUUCCUCCUGGCUGUAAUGGCCUAUGACCGCUUUGUUGCUGUGUGCCACCCCUUGCACUACACCACAAAGAUGACCCCUCAGCUCUGCAUCCUGCUGGUCACUGGCUCUUGGGUCAUUGCCAUUCUGAAUGCUCUGUUGCAUACCCUGCUAAUGGCACGACUCUCAUUCUGUGCAGACAACACUAUACCUCACUUCUUCUGUGAUAUGACAGCUCUCUUAAAACUGUCCUGCUCUGACACACACCUCAAUGAGAUGAUGAGUCUUACUGAGGGGGGUCUGAUAAUAACAAUUCCAUUUGUUUGCAUCCUAGCUUCCUACAUUUGCAUCACCUCUGCUGUCCUGAGAGUCCCAUCCACAAAGGGAAAGUGGAAAGCCUUCUCCACCUGUGGUUCCCACCUGGCUACAGUGUCCCUCUUCUAUGGCACCAUCAUUGCUGUGUAUUUCAACCCUUCAUCCUCCCACUCCACCGACAAAGACACGGCAGCUACUGUGUUGUACACGGUGGUGACACCCAUGCUAAACCCUUUCAUCUACAGCCUGAGAAACAAGGACAUUAAAGGGGCCCUAACAAAAAUUAUUUCUAUGAAUUGUUAUGUUAAACAUUAA